GAAGAAGAAGAACAUAGCAGCAGCGGGCUACUGUUGUGGGUCACUAUCAACGGAACUAGCUUUAUUUUUCGCAAGUGUCAGUGUUUACUGAAUAAUAAAUUGCCAGAUUAUCCAGACCUUGAAGUGUGCCUCGUUUUUGGAUAGUGUUUAAACUUUCGAAUCAAAGAUUGAAGCUAACAGAAGAUAAAGCUCCAGGACAACAACAGUUGUCACUUUUUGGUCUCUCUUGGUUUCAAGUAUCUUUGCCGUGAUGGCAUCAGAGGAAGAAAUCAAUUUGCUGGUCAUCGUAGUGGACGUAAACCCGGUGUGGUGGGGGCAGCAAGCUCAACGUGAGACAGAGCUCAGCUUGUCGAAGUGUCUGGAUGCAGUGAUGGUUUUGGGCAACUCCCACCUGGCCAUGGGCAGGACGAACAAGCUGGCCGUCAUCGCCAGCCACUGUGAGGACAGUCACUUUCUGUAUCCCGGGAAGAGCUGGAGAGCGGGGGACAGCGGUGGGGAUGAUGCAUACUCCAGUGGGGAUGGAAAGUAUGAACUCCUGUCAGUCGCUAAUAACCUUAUUGCUGAAGAGAUCAGAAAGGUAAUGUCAAAAACUGAAGUGAGGGGAAAUUCAACUGAUACUUUGUUGGCUGGAACCCUUGCCAAAGCUCUCUGCUAUGUUAACAGGGUCUCAAAGGAGUUUGAAGCUGGACAGGAGAUAAAAUCAAGAAUAUUGGUUAUAAAAGCAGCCGAGGACUGCCCCCGCCAGUACAUGAACUUCAUGAAUGUCAUUUUCGCUGCCCAAAAGCAGAACAUCCUGAUCGAUGCCUGUGUGUUGGACUCAGACUCAGGUCUCCUUCAGCAGGCUUGCGAUAUAACUGGAGGAUUGUACCUCAAGAUACCACAGAAAGUUGCCCUGGCACAAUACCUUUUGUGGGUGUUCCUGCCGGACUCUGAUCAGCGUUCACAGCUGGUGCUGCCACCGCCUGCACACGUGGACUACAGAGCUGCAUGUUUCUGCCACCGUAACCUCAUUGAGAUCGGUUAUGUGUGCUCAGUCUGUCUGUCAAUAUUCUGCAACUUCAGCCCCAUCUGCACAACUUGCGAGACUGCCUUCAAAAUCCAACUCCCACACAUGGUCAAGCCAAAAAAGAAGAAACUCAAGCAGCCUUCCUGAUUGUUACGCUAAUGUAGUGAAUUUAGUUUGUUUCCCUUUUUUGAUGACCAGAUUAUACCAUUUUGUUUGGUGUAUAUAUUUGUAACAAGCUUCACAUACGUAGGCUGAUUACUUAACUGUUCUCAAAAUAAUAAUUCCUGUCUCAUGUCAAGAGAUUCAAGUUCAUCUCUACCGGUCAAAUAUUUCUUCGUGGUAGAAACAAAUAGUUUUUCCAGAAAACUUUAGUCAAUAAGUGCACAUGCAGAUAUGUAACGUGUGCCACUAUACGUAUGUAUUCAACAUUCUCUCAUGAGUCUAAAUUUAUGUGAUUGUUUUGUUCAUAUUGAUAGUAACAACUGGAACAGAAGUUCAGCUGUUUAUGUUUAGUAAAGAUAAUUCACUCAGCCUGAUGUAAAUGGAGUUAUUGCUUUUUUUUUUAUUGAUUUUAUAAAAAAAUAAAACAUGUUCUUAGAAAUGUUUCACACACCUUUUGUUUGCCGUUGUCACCACAGUGUGGACUUUUUAACAUGCAUAGCUGUGCAGAUUCAGUCUUUUAGCUAAAUGACGUGUGGAGGUGGAAACAUUUGAGUGAAUGAGUUCAGUGAAAAGCUGUAUUAAACCAAGAACAUGUUUUCAAGUUCACUCAAAACUAAAUAACAUGUAAGUAAGUAGAAGUAUAUGUGAAUUAAAGUGGUAAUUAUUUUGGUGUGAUGAUCCAUCAUCUUACCAAGAUUUCCUGAUUUGCUGCUCUUGCAUAACAAGAUGGAUCAUGUUUUAUCCAAGAGUUGAAAAUAAGAUUUCAUUGAUGAUUGUAGCAACGUUCAUAUUUUACAAAGUCUCCAAUCAUUGAUUUUCAGUGUCUGUCCACUUUGUAAUGAUAUCCUAAAUUAAGCCUUUGUAUGAAUGUUUGUACUUUGUAUUGAAUAUGGUGGUAAUCGCACACUUGAUAAAGAUGAAUUGCAAUAACAUUCGCUGAGUGAAAGCAUGCUCCCGAGAGAAACAUUUAAUUGUUCGAACAUACAAGAUUUGAAUCGGUGUAGUUGAAUGUAGCAUUGCUUAUUCAGCUGUUAUUCAAUAAACUCAGCAUGGCCUCUUCAAUAGUGACACUUUAUUUUCAUCUACACCAUUCUGAAGUCUGCCCUUCUAUAAAGAAAAUAGUACCAGUUUAAAAUAUAGAGAAAUUAAACGGGUGAGAAAUGUCUGCAGUGUGUACAAAGUCAGCUUGAAAGCAUCCAGGGGUCACAUGAGACGAGGAAGGGGUUCACAAUUGAAAUUCUGCAUAAUGUCAUGUUGAUCAUUGCUGGAUUGGAACAAUGUUGCAUCUGAAAAACAAGAACAGACUAGUGACUGAUGUGAACCACUUAACACCUGCCAAUCAUGCAUCUGAUGUGGUGCACUGAUCAAAAUCACUGCCGCUAUAUAUGCAAGAGAGACAUAUUUGCCCAGCUCACUUUGCUCCUGUGGGCUUCACAGCUUUCUGUGUUUCUCAAUAUCAGCGUAUCAACUAGACU